AUGGACACAUCCCAGCAUCCUCGAGUAGCGCUUCUAUCGCCAUCGUCGUCCCUGUCAGUUGAUCAUCAUGUCGCUUCCUCCAAAUUGGCAUUGUCCACCGCCGAUUCGAAGCCUACCUACUUUCAAAACCCUUGGAGAUCGUAUCGAGCUCCCUCACUCAAUGAUGCCUGGCUAGCUUAUCAGAAGGGGGCAGCAAUAGCUUUACCACCUCACAAGACUCCCGCACGUCGUCCAUACCUCGGUACAGGGCCGGAGGACGAGAGUGCGCCGCUGGCCGUGGAUCCCGAGGCAGAUGAUGCGGAUGAUCCGAGAGAUUCAUCUGGUGCACUCUGGUCCGAAGGAGGAUGGUUAGGUAAAGUCUACGUCAGGCCGGAAUUCGCAACGGUCAAGGAUGAAGUAGAGAGGGAGCAUUGGAAAGACCCACCGAUUGAAGUCAUCGAGCCAGACUGGAGGGAGUAUGGUGAUCAGAGUGAGACGGGAGACGUGACAUGGUUAGGACAUGCUAGCGUUCUAGUGAGGAUACCUUGGAAGAGAGAUGGGGAGAAGCAGCGUGCUGGAGCUUGUGGUGUCUUGUUUGACCCGAUCUUCUCUUACAGGUGCUCGCCUUCGCAAUACGUUGGACCGGCUCGAUAUCUGCCUCCGCCAUGUACAGUUGCGGAUCUGCCGCCAAUACACAUCUGUUGUAUUUCUCAUGAUCACUACGAUCAUCUUGACUACUACACUAUUAUGGAUUUAUGGAAGUACCAUCAAGCUACGAUACAUUUUUUCGUCCCAAUGGGACUGAAAGGAUGGUUCACAGCUUCUACGAUCCCAGAAGACCGCGUGACGGAGCUUGACUGGUACCACGAGACGCUCCUCAACUUUCCCUACCCAUCCUCCGGCCAAGAUGAGGGAACAGUUUCCGAUGAUGAUGGCGAUGAUGAGGGUCCAAGUUACUCAGCUCCGGCCAAGGUCGACCCGGAAGCAGCACUGACCCUCAAGAUUGCUUUCACACCCGCACAACAUCGGUCAGGUAGGGGCAUCCUCGAUCACAUGACAACAUUAUGGGGAAGUUGGUGUAUCGGUGUGGUGGAUGCGGAUGACGCCUUGAAGGCUACGGAUCUGGGUAUGAAAGGCUGGAAGGGCUGGCGAAUGUUCUUUGGAGGAGACACUGGGUAUCGUUAUGCCACUGCACCGGAAGACGACGAGGAGGCCGUAUGCCCGGCUUUCCAAGAAAUCGCAUCUCUAUACUCUCCCUUCGAUUUCUGCAUGCUUCCUUUAUCGACCGGCUCGUCGCUCCCCUUUUUACGCACUGUCCUCUCCCUAUCACUGGAUCAAUACACCCUCACCUCGUCCCAACACUGUUCACCUGGUGAUGCACUAGAGAUUCAUCGGAUCAUGAAAAGUCGUCGAUCAUUGGGUAUCCACUGGGGCACUUUUUGUGAUGCCGACGAGGCUCGGGGUACGCGUAUAACGUUUGCUCGGGAGAGAAGAGAUGGAGCUGUAUGUAACACGUGGGAGGGGGAGGGAGAUGGAAAGGCUGAGAACGGGAGAUUUGUCAUUUCUGACAUUGGCCAGAUCCUGACGUUUCCGCAAAAAUAG